AUGGCGCGGAAGGGGCCAAAGGCGAAGGCGAAGGCUGCCUAUGCGGCUAAAGGAGACGCGAGGAAGAAGGCGGCUGGGAGAGAGAAGGACGCUGAGGCGAAAAAGACAGAGGAGGCCAACAGCUGCGGACGUGAAGCCGAGGCGCGAGAGGAGGCGCGGGAGCGGAAGGCGAAGGCAGCGGAGGAGGCAGCAACGGAGGAGGCGGCAGCGGAGGAGGCGGCAGCGGAGAAGGACGCGCCGAAUGAGGCUGAGAGAGCAGGCAAGGAAGAAGCAGAAGAAGGUGGCGCCGAGACUGCAGAGACAACAAGAGAGGCCGCAAAGGCCUCCCCUGCAGGACAAGCUGCGGAGAAGGACGCAACGCCCGCAAGCGGUGCGCUGGAGAAUGGAAACCAAGCCUGUGCGGAGGCGAAAGCAGUCUCUGCGGAGGACUCUCAGCUGCCUGUCUGUCCUGCAUCCGAAGCAGAAGAGAGCGGAAAGGAGCCUCAGAGAGUCGCCCGUCCCAUCGACGCGCCCGAGCCCGCAGGCGACGCGAGUGCGAGGUGUGAAGAGGAAGCUCGAGAUGGAGAUACGGCGACAGACAAAGCGCUGCCUUUUACGCCGCAGAAGACCACGCGAGAGAAGAAGAAGCGCGACCGGGACUGGAAACGAGGGAAUGAAAAAUUCGCCUUUGCAGGGCAGCGACCGUCUCCUCCCGGCGCGUGCGCACCGUGUCCGCCGUGUCCGCCGCCGCCAGCCUCCGCGGCGCGCACGCCGGUAGUUCUGACGCCGGCGCCGCGGCGCGCGCUGGGGUCGUGUGUGCCUCCGCCGCCUUUUGCCUCUCGCGCUCCGCCUGCGGGUGCUGCCAACGUCUCGCUUCCUCCGAAUCGGCCUCCCCCUCCUUCUCCUCCGCCUCCUCCCUCGUGUCACUCCGCGCCGGCGUUCGCCGCGGUGUACGCGCCGCAGCCACGCGCGCUCGAAGGCGCCAUGGAUCCCUUCGCGCAGCUCGCGUACUUCACUCUGCUGCAGCAGCAGAAGGCGGAGUCCGACGGAAAAAUCACCGCGACUUUCCAGCCCGCGGAGGGCGCCGCGGCGAUCGAGAACGCCGACGCGGCGUCAGUGGCGGACUCGGCGGCGGCGUCCGACGCCGGCAGCGCGUUCACGGCCUUCUCGACGCACUCGCGCAACGCGGGGAUCUACAGCGAGCCGGAGAUGCUCAAGCGUAUCGAACAGGCGCGCGACUACGACGGUCUGCGGCGCCUCGUGACUCUGUGCAUCCAGAGGGCGGAGCGGCACCCCGCAGUGCUGGGGGCGCUUCUCCUCCGCCUCGCGCUGCAGGGCAGACAAGUCUUCCGCGACCAGCUGCUUGACAUGCGCCGCGAGAUCCGCAUGCGAAACGCCGGCGUCCGCGAGAAGGAAGCCGAAAAACAACACGUGAAAAACCCCGCUCCCGGAAGCACCUUCGGACGGGUCGCUGGCAGCCACCAGGAAGACGUCAAGUUCGACGACUUCACGAAGACCGUCACGCGUUUGUCUGACGCGUUGUUUGGUCAGCUGCGCGCGCGGCCCGUGACGAUUUCGAACGAAGUGCUGCAAAAUCUGAUUUGGGCACUCUCGCUUACGCAGACGAACUGCAUGCCCCUGUUUCGCGAGCUCGCAAGCCACGUUUCGAGUCGCAGCGACCUCUCGCUGUCCCAGCUGGUGACCGUCUUCUGCUCCUACACGCGCGGGCUGGAAGGCACAGCAGACCGCAAAGGUGGCAUCAACGUGACUUCAGACGACUCCAGCUUUUUCGAGGACUGCGUGCAGAAGCUCCUCGCGCGAACCGAGGAGAUCGCUUCGCUCUCCGCCAAGCAAAUCGCCUUCUUCCUCCAGGCCUGCAACCGCCUCAACUACAACAACGACCAAGUCCUCAAGCACGUCGGCAAAGUCGCACUUCUCAAAGAAAAGGAGUUCCUCCCCAAGGAGUGGGCUUCCGUCGUCGCAGUUUUCACUCGAUUCGGCGUGCCGCUACGAGGCGAAUGCGAGAAGCUACGGAGACAAAGAGCGACCCGCGACUGGCAGAAACCGCCCCCUCCGAAGAAGCCGAAGCCCAUCAGUCAGUGCUAG